GUUCUGACCUUCGGUUCAAUUUGCCUUGGGAGGCGAAGCGUACCUGCAGUAUAUAUAUAACUGGAGAGCUCUUCAAGCAUUGCCAUCAGUCUUUCAUUAGGGGCUUAUAAAGAAUUAUAGGCGGACGUAACUCAGGGCAAACACUAUGAGGGUUACAAGCGUGUUGACCUGCCUUAUGGCUUGUCUUUUGACGUGCGACCUACAAGCUGAGGCUUCCCCUUGCUGUGGUCUUGGCGUGGCUGCUGUGGGCGCUUUGGCUUUUGCAGGAGGCGUCGUUGCCGGUAAACAUCAUCAUCGUCAUCAUGGAGGAGGAUGCUAUAACUGCGGCUGUGGAGGAUGCGGGGGAUCCUGUGGUUGGUGCGGAGGAUCCUACGGCAAGAGGAAGCGAAGAAGUCUCUCGACCUUCCUCGAGGAAGCUGAAGUCCAGAAAGCUUACGAGAGGAUUGCCCAUGAGGACAAGGACGAGUGUGGGUUGAGGCUUGUCUGCGAACUGGCCCAGAAGGACCCGAGGAACCUGGCUGACGACGAGAUUCAAAUCCUCCUCCCUUACAGAGGGCUGGGUGAAAGUGACGGGACGACUUACGGAAACUACGAUGAAGCCGCUUGGCACGGGCAGGAGGGUCACAUUUGCCCAUCUCAGUACCCUAAAUGUGCCUUCACAGCCAACCAGAUUAUGGAGGAGUACAGGAAAUUCGUCCAGCACAACGGAACGUUUGUCCCUUAAUAGGAAAACAAGUUAUCACAUAUCCCUAAUCUACAAUCUUUGUAACUGGGAACACGAAGCUGAGAUCUUUUAAAAUAAAUCUUUUAAUUGAA